AUGGCAUUGAAGGGCAAUUCGCCUUCUUAUGGCACUUUCGCUACGGCUAGAGAGUCGACAACCAUGGCUGUAACAGAGCACAGUGCCAAAUAUGGCGACGAGCCGACCACGAGUACGCUACACGAUGACAUCCAGAAAGGCGACAUUGUCGUCGGUGUCAUCGCUGGCGAGGAAGUCCGGCAAGCUACUGAGCAUGAACAUGACAUGAGCUUCUUCGAAGCAGUGAAGCUCUAUCCUACCGCUGUACGUCGACCACGAAUGACCACGCUACGAGUCAGCGACUUUGCUGAUGAUGCCAACAUAGGUGUUUUGGUCGUUCUUCUUUAG